AUGGAGCGACAUCUCCGACAUCACUACAGAGCGCUCACAAAGUUUGCUUUUUGGGUGUGGUUCACUCGAGUACAGAGGUUGCCAAGCAUGACGACGCAACUGCAAGCCGCCUCCAAGCACUUCACACCCGCAGCAGACGUCCCAGCUCGAAUCGCACGCGCAGUGCUGACUGAUUUACAACUGGCAGAGCGGCAGCUGCAGCGAUCGAAGCAGCGCAGCGCAUGGCGAUUGGUAAACGCUACAGUGCGCAAUGCACGUCGACGGACGCUCCAAACCGCGUUCGAUCGACUCGCUGCUGUCCGAUCCAGUCGUCGCUUGAAGCACACCGCUAGUGCCCGCGCUUUCGUCGACAACAUGACUAUGGCACUGCUACGCUCAGGCUUCCAGCGCUGGAAAGACCAGUACUUGGCGUUGGCUAUUGACGAGGCGAAAGCGACCCAGCAGGAACUGCUUCGAGCUCUCCGCCACGUGACUUCGUACCGACAGACACUGGAUCCUUAUGCCUCGCAAAGGUAA